AUUUAUUAAUUAAUUUUAACCGUUAUUUUUUAAUAUUUUAUAUAUGAUCAAAUUUAAUUACAUAUUGAGCCAUUAUGAUGUAAUGAAAUUAUAAAAUUUAUUUGUUUUUUAACAAAAAAAAUAAUUAAUUUUAACAUCAUAUAUUUUGAUGAAAUACUGACUUUUCUUAUGUAAAUCUUUAAUAUUUAUGAGUCAAGCAUCAAGUUUAGUUUCUAUAGCUGGGAAAUCAAUGGAAGAUGGUUUACACUCUUUCAGGGCCAUUGUUUUUUUGGUCUUGUGGUACUUUUUUAGUGGGUGUACAUUAUUCCUUAACAAGUAUAUUUUAUCUUAUCUUAAUGGAGAUCCUACAGUUUUGGGGGCUUUUCAAAUGAUCAUGACUACUGUUUGUGGUUUUAUCCAAUUGUAUGUGCCAUGUGGUAUGUACAAACAACCUAUUCAACGAUCAAAACGACCUCCUAAUUUUUAUAUUCACAUGUGUCUAGUUGGUUGUACAAGGUUUAUUACAGUUCUUUUAGGAUUAAUUUCAUUAAAUUAUGUUGCCGUAAGUUUUACAGAAACUAUUAAGAGUUCAGCACCUAUAUUUACUGUAUUUAUUUCUAAAAUAUUAUUAGGGGAACAAACAGGUUUUCUAGUAAGUUUGUCUUUAGUUCCCAUAAUGGUAGGCCUUGCAUUGUGUUCAUCUAAUGAACUUUCAUUUAAUAUACCAGGAUUCAUUGCUGCUCUUGCAACCAAUUUUACUGAAUGUUUACAAAAUGUUUAUUCUAAAAUGUUAAUCAGUGGUGAUAAAUUUAAAUACACACCUGCUGAAUUACAGUACUAUACGAGUCUAGCAUCAAUUGUAAUUCAAAUACCUGUUUCAUUAGUAUUAGUUGAUUUGAAAUAUGCUUUUCAUAAUACUAGUCUGCAUUUAUUAUUUAUGUUUAUAUUAAAUGGAUUAUUUUUCCAUUUCCAAAGUAUUACAGCAUAUGUUCUUAUGGAUUAUAUAAAUCCUGUUACUUAUAGUGUGGCUAAUACUGUCAAACGAGCCUUUUUGAUAUGGAUGUCAGUACUUCUUUUUGGAAAUUCAAUCACUAUUUUAAGCGGCCUUGGUACUAUCAUAGUAGUUAUUGGUGUUGUUAUUUAUAAUAAAGUAAAGCAAUAUGAUAUCAGUCGACAAUCAUUUCAAGAAAUUGAUAAAAAAUUACUACUUUCUCCAUUCAAAGUCAGGACGAUUUGAUACAAAAACUAAUAUAUUGAAAUUAAUGAUAAUGUACAUUUUUUAAAUAAUUAUGUUUGACAAAAAUUGAUUGUUACCUAUUAAAAAUAAUUUUAUUAUAAAUUACAAUGCAAUAACACUGAAAAUGUGUUCUAUUGUGUAUUUAUUAUAACUUAAACUAUUAUACUCAAAGCAUGCAUAAGGUAUAUUGUUCCCUAGAUUAAGUUAUUUGAAUAUCUUUUUUAUACUGAAAAUAUAGUGAGACAUUAUUGUCAAUCGUCUGUAAUAUAGCCCAGACAAUUGCCCUUACAUCAGUCCUAAUUAAAUUUCUUUUGGAUUUAUUCUAUUAGUCACAUCAAUUGAAUAAAUUUUGUAUUAUGGUAGACGUUAUUUAUUAAA